UUUCACUUUUCAUUCAUUCAUCAGAUGUCAUGGAGCGCUGGCACAACAAAUUGGCCGUGGUCACAGGCGCUAGCGGUGGCAUAGGAGCAGCCUGCGCCCGGGCCAUGAUAGGAGCAGGGUUGCGUGUGGUGGGCCUUGCUCGACGGGAGGCAAAGCUCAAGGAACUGAGGGACAGCCUACCGGCACACCUGCAGGCUAACUUUAUACCACGACGAUGUGAUGUCUCCAAGGAGGAGCAGGUGCUCAGCUCGUUCGACUGGAUCGAAAGGGAGCUCGAGGGUGCCGAUGUUCUGCUCAACAAUGCCGGAAUCACGCGUGAAACAGAACUAGUUACUCCGGGAAACACACAAAAACUUCGUGAGGUAAUGGACACAAAUGUAAUGGGCGUGAUCUGGUGCACACGGGAGGCCUUCAACAACAUGAAGAAAAGAGGCAACGAGGGCCAUGUUCUGAUCAUCAACAGCAUCGCUGGACACCAGGUGCUGAAUUUUAUCGAUGUACUGCCCUCCUUUAACAUCUAUCCGGCGACAAAGUUCGCCAUCACGGCCAUCACGGAGACCUAUCGCCAAGAGUUCCAGCUGCACACGAAGAAGAUUCGAGUGACCGGGAUUUGUCCUGGGGCAGUGAACACCAAUAUCUUUCCCGAGGAGAUUCACUUUUAUGUGAAGGAUAUGGCCCGCCUAGAGCCAGCAAAUAUUGCUGAUGCAGUGAUGUACGCUUUGAGGACGCCACCACAUGUCCAGGUACAUGAGAUCACCAUUAAGCCAAUGGGCGAAAUAUUUUAA